AUGAAUUCCUGGACCGCGGCGGUGCCAAUCCCGCUCCACGGUGAGGGAAUUCAGGCAGGCCCGGUCCACGUAAAUGCAAUAUCCGAAGCGCGGGCACGCUUUAGGUAUCCACAAGGCGGCGGCGGCACCCGGCCCGUCGCGCUCGUCGGAACGGGCGGCGACCCACUCGAGAAAACGGGCGCACACAGCAUCUCUAGAUGCGCCUUCGAGGGCCUUGUCCUCGAUAAACUUUGCCCAAAGCGCGUCGUCGUCGUAGGUGCCACGUAA